AUGUUUGUUGUGUAUUUAUUUAAUUAAAUCAACUAAAAUUUUAAUUUUUAAUAAAAAUAAACGAAUUGUUCUUUGAGUAUGAGUAAAAAUGAGUCAAGUAAUUUUCACUAAGAAAAUACAAACAAUAAUUGUAAUACAAAUGAUGUGAACCAUUUAAGAUACAUUAUGGGAAGAUAGAUAUUAAAAAAAUAUUCUGCAAAAUUUUUAAGCGUUUUGAGGUCUAAAAUGCUUUAAAAAAUGAGCAAAUAACAAUUUGAAAUACUCAAUGAUAAAUCACAUAGAUUAGAGGAUUUUGAAUCAAAAUAAUCAACCCCAUUUUUAAAUAAAUGGAGCUAAAAUAAGCAAUAUACCAAUUUAAAUAGCUUGAUUUGUUUAUCUUUGUAAAUUCCGCUGUUUUCCACAGAAAGCAAUACAAUAUUUAUUUUAAAUGGGAUAGAAACUGCGCUAUUUUAUGUUUUAGGGUUUUAUUUUUCUACUUUAUCUUGCUUCUAAACAUAGGGAUAAGCUCCCUAGUUUAUAGAUAAAAUGAAUUUAGUUUUUAUAAUAAUUUAACUUAUUUAAUUAGCCAUAUAAUUUAACUCAGGGAUAUAUAGAGAGGGUAAGUAUAUAAGUGAUAGAUUUUAAAUUCUAAAAAACUGCUUAACAAGCUAUAUUUUUUAUUCUAGGAUUUCAAUCAUUGCUAUAUUUUUGCAUAUCGAAAUCAGCUACUAGUAGAAUUUUAUCUAUUUGUUUAUAAUAAUAGCUCACUCUUAUUCUAUCUUUUGCUUCUUAUCUAAGCUUUAGGAAAAGGUUGUUUAGUUCUAAAUUCUUAAAAAAAUAACAUCUCUCAUCCUGCUAAUUAAUUAUGCCUUUUGUAUUGCACAUGUUGCUUCAUUAAUGUGGGUUUACAUUGGUAUAGCUGAAUCUUAGGCAUAACAAAAAUCGUGGAUUGCAUAGUUUUUAAAGAUAGAUGAGAAUAAUAUUGAAUAGAAUAAAUUUGAAAUUUAUAUUGCUAGUCUUCACUACAUUAUAGUAACUAUGGUGACAGUAGGUUAUGGAGAUAUUUAUCCUACUACUUCGAAUGAAAGACUUUUAAAUAUUUUAGUCAUGAUAACUUCAUCUUUUGUGUUUGCUUAUAUUGUUAACUCAGUUGGACAAAUCCUUUCUGAAAUUCAUAACUCAAAAAAAGAAAUUGAAAAUAAAAAAUCAAUAAUAAAAGCUUAUAUGAAAAAAAAGAAUGUUUCAAUUGAACUGCAACAGAAAAUUCUACAAUAUUUGUAUUAUUUUUGGAUAAAAUCAAAAAACAGUAAAUGCAAUGAAGAGUAGUUAAUUAUUAACGAGCUUUCAGAUGAACUAAAGCAAACUUUAUUAAUGGAAGCAAAUAAAUUAAUUGUUUAAGACUAUAUCCUUUUCAGCUAGAAUUUCUCUGAACAAUUCCUUUAAAAAGUUGUGUAAAUUAUUUAAGAAAAAAACUUUUGUCCAUUCUAGUAAAUUUUUAGUGUAGGAGAGAAAAAUACCUCUAUUUACUUUGUAGAGGAAGGCUCAGCAGAGAAGUAUAUAGAUCUCUAUGAACCCGUUUCACUAAAUAAGAAGGGAAUUCAUAUUAUAUAAACUUUAGAAAAAGGGAUGUUUUUUGGAGUAUAAGAAUUUUUUACUGGGAAAUAAAGAUUAUUUAAUGUCAGAAGUAAAGAUUUUUGUACACUCUUAUGUAUUGAUAGGGAAGAUUUUAUGCAUUUGCUCAAAGACUUCAGUAAAGACUUUGAAAGAUUUUGUGAUAUAAGAGACACUUUGAUAUUUAAUCCAGAGAAGAGUGAUGUCAAAUUAGAAUGCUAUGGUUGCUAAUAGCUUAAUCAUCUGAUUGAAAACUGUCCAUAUGUACAUUAUAUACCUGAUUAAUAAAAAGUGAUUUUAAAAAAUGGAUAUAAUUAUGUUGAGAACAAAAGAUCAAUUUUUAGAAGAAAAAAAUUAAAAAUGACCAAAAAUAAUACGUUUCACAAUAUUUUAUAAAUUUAGAUUGAUUAAAAUAAGUUUCAAAUUUCAAGAAAUGACAUCAUAGAAUAAUAUAUGGCUGAUAAUAUUUAAUUUGAUGAUGAUAGUGAAUAAGGCAGUGAUAAUAAUAGCAACAAAGAAGACGAUCAAGCUGAAAAUUUUGCAACUUCUAUUAGAGAAAUUUAAAAACUUGAAGACAGGAAUACAAUCUUUCUUAAUAGCCCUUGCUAAAGAGAUGAAGUUUUUGCAGCUAAUAUGAACUAAUCCUUAGAUAAGUAUGACUCAUAUGAAAGAUUGAAAUCUGGUCAAAGUUAAAUUAAAGACAUUCCUCAAAAUUUUUCAUAAAGUUUGGUUAAGAGAUAAAUUUCAUAGUUGUUUUAUGAAAAUUAAGAUGAUCAUAGAGAAAAGAAUAGAAAAUCUACUUUUGUUAAUUCCUAAUCCAAUUAAAUAAAUUUAGCCCCAUUAACUCCUGGUAUUAAUAGAUCUAAAUCAAGGUCAAACUAAAAUAUAGAACCAGAAAUGUUUAAUGAAGGAUAAUCACUUCAUUAAGUAAGCAGCCCUCAUAAAAUUUCUCUACCAUCUAUCACAGAACUUAAUUCUAGUUAAAAUAUUAAUUAAAUCGAACAAGUAUAAAAAGAAAGAAAUAAUACAUAUAUCUCAAAAAAUCAGCCUCCAGCUCAAUAUUAAUCUACUGCAAAUGGAAGUGGAAAUUCUCUCAGUUUUAAUAAAAAAAUUAAUGAGAAUUUAAAGAGAAAUAGUAUUGAUACCAUGAAGACCUCUUUUAUAAACUAAAAUAAGUAAUUCUUUUUAAGAAAUCAAAAGAAUAGAAAUAUGAGCAAGAUUUUAUUUUAGCAAGUCGAGCAACAUAUUUAGAAGCUUUAAGAAUAAUUUAUAUAAACUUAGCUUUAAAACAAGACUAUAUAUCAGUAGGAGAAUUAUUUGAUAUAUUUUGAUUUGGUUAAGUCAUUUACUAACUAUAAACCGUAAUAUAAUGUUGCCGAGGUAUUGAAGAAUUAUAGAAUCUUGCAGCUUAAAAGCUUAAAUUUAGAUAUUUUUAAAUUUUAGCCCAGUCUUUAACCUGAUGAACAGAAAAAUAUUAGUAGAAGUUUUAGUAAUUUAAAAAAGAGAAGGCAAUCUAAAGGUUUGGCAUAAAAUUAAGGCAAAUAAUUACUUAAAAAAUAUAACAUUUAAUAAGAUGAGAUUGAUGCAAGUUAGUAAUCAUAUCUCAAAGAUUCAAUUUAAAAAAAGCCUGGUUUCUCAGAUUUUAUUUUCAAAAUUUAAAGUGCUUCAUUUUUGGAUACAUUAACGAAUAAAAACAAUAAAUAUCAAAGUCCAUUAAUUAUAGGCAGACCUGAAUAAAAUCAAAAUAGUGGAUUAGAAAAUAAAUUUUAUAAUAAUGAAAAGGAGGAAUUUAUUGUUGAUACUCCUAAAAGUUCUGUUCAUUCAUUAAAGUAUUUGCCAUAGUAUAAAAAUUUUGAAAUAUCAAAGAAAAGUUAAUUUCAUGAUAAUUCUAACACAAAUCAAAAUAGUGAUAUCUAUGGCUAUAGAGAUAGAAGUGAUUCAGAAAUUAUCAAAGAAAUAGAUAUAAGCAGUAUACACUAUUGA